AAAUCUCGUGAACCUUAAAUCCUUAUAAAAACCCCAAAUCCCAACGCGUGGCUCCGGCUCCGGCUCCUCCUCACGAGCUAGUAACGGAAUUUGAGACGAAUUUUCUUCCAGCUGAGAUCUACAAUAGCCAUGGCGUCAUCCAAUUUCUGGAUGCCAUUGUUGCUGAUCGCCUUCGCCUUCGCCGCAACCAUCUCCACUGCCGAGGAAUCGGAGUCCAAAGAGUUUGUGGUGACGUUAGACCACUCCAAUUUCACUGAAUUCGUCGCCAAGCACAAGUUCGUCGUCGUCGAGUUUUACGCGCCUUGGUGUGGUCACUGCAAGAAACUUGCUCCAGAGUAUGAAAAAGCUGCUUCUGUUCUAAGCACAAGUGAUCCUCCGGUUGUCUUAGCAAAAGUUGACGCAAACGAAGAGCAAAAUAAGGCCAUAUCUAAUGAGUUCGAGGUCAGAGGUUUCCCCACAAUCAAAAUACUGAGGUAUGGUGGUAGUGUUGUUCAAGAAUACAAAGGACCUCGAGAAGCGGAAGGAAUUGUAACCUAUUUGAAAAAACAAAGUGGUCCUGCAACUUUUGAGAUUAAAGCCCCAGAAGAAGCCAAUUCUAUAAUUAAUGACAAUAAGAUUCUUGUUGUUGGUGUAUUCCCUGAAUUUUCGGGAGAGAAGUUUGAGAAUUUCACCACUUUAGCCGAGAGGUUGCGUGCUGACUAUGAGUUUGGUCACACUUUGGCUGCCAAAGUUCUUCCUCGUGGGGACUCAUCUGCUACAGGGCCUCUUGUUAGAUUAUUGAAGCCUUUUGAUGAACUCUUUGUAGACUUCGAGGAAUUUGAUGUUGAUGCUUUAGUGAAAUUUGUUGAAGAAACUAGUACUCCAACUGUAACUCUCUUCAACAAGGACCCAAAGAACCAUCCUUUUGUUAUUAAAUACUUCAACUUCCCCAAUGCCAAGGCAAUGUUGUUUCUAAACUUCACCACUGAACACUUUGACGCAUUCAAGUCAAAGUAUCACGAAGCAGCUCAGCUUUACAAGGGAAAAGACUUGAAUUUUCUAAUGGGUGAUGUUGAGGCUAGUCAAGGUGCCUUCCAGUACUUUGGCAUUAAGGAUGAGCAAGUCCCAGUCAUCAUUAUCCAGACAAAUGAUGGAGAGAAAUUCCUAAAACCAAAUGUUGAGCCUGAUCAGAUUGCAUCAUGGGUGAAGGACUUUAAGGAUGGGAAGGUGAAACCUUAUAAGAAGUCGGAGCCCAUUCCCGAAGUUAACAAUGAACCUGUUAAGGUGGUAGUGGCUGAUACCCUGCAGGACAUGGUUUUCAAUUCUGGCAAAAAUGUUCUGAUAGAGUUCUAUGCACCAUGGUGUGGACACUGCAAAAAGUUGGCUCCAAUCGUGGACGAAGUGGCUCUCUCGUUUGAAAAUGAUGCUGAUGUUCUGAUCGCAAAGCUAGAUGCAACUGCAAAUGAUCUUCCACCAGGGACUUUCGAUGUGAAAGGUUACCCGACACUAUAUUUUAGGUCAUCAACCGGAAACCUGCUGCAGUAUGAUGGAGACAGGACUAAGGAUGACAUAAUUGAGUUCAUCAAGAAGCACCGAGCAGCUGCAGCUGUGAAACCGGAGUCGAGAAAUGAUGAACUCUGAAGAAGGUAGGAAAACGCCAUUCUCGGUCUUGAAAUGAUUCAGAUGAUAGCGACGAGCUUAAUCACACGGCAGUGGAUUGCUGGAGUCUACUGAAAUCCUGUACCUGCUUCUCCCCUCUCUGCUGUGCUGAUAUUGGCUGUAACUCUAAUCUGGAGCGCGUUUUCUGUUUGCAACCGGUCGUUCAGACAGUUUUGAUUUCAGAAAUAUUUGUCGUAGGUUUGCAGAGUGAUUUUGGUAACUUAAUUUUCGGAUUAGAUAGUCUACUUUGAUGUUGGUUGCCAAAUACUUGAGUUCGGUUCUUUUAUCGUUAGAUGGAAAAUUGAAAGUACUAGUACUUUUUAGAGUAAAGUUAGUGAUAUUAUUUUGCCGGAAAAAAUUUAAUUUUUUGUAA